AUGUCCUUCUGCGACAAACAUACCCUCACGCGUGUCAUGGGCACCUGCCCCACCCUCCGCCGCGAGGGCGCGAAACUUCUCCUCGACGGACACGUCUCUAUACGCGAUCUUCGCGCUCUCGUCUCCUUCAUAUUCUUCAUAAAGGUUCACAAACCAGCAAUCCUCUACCAUCUUGGCUCUUUGAACCUUGCCGUCGGCACCAUCCAUCCGAACCUCGCGCUUAUUCUCGUACGGAUCCUGGCGCACUCUCGUAAUCUCCAAUCCCUGUCCUUGUCCCACACGAGAGAUCUAUUCGCAUCUCACCUCGUCGUCCGGGAUCUGAUAUGUCAACUACGAUCCCUGCGCCAUCUUACCCUACACCGCUGUGGCAAGUUCUUUGGUAACAAGCUAAUACUCAAAGCUCCUCUAAUCUCUCUGACGAUCUCCUACAUCACGCCCGAGCCGUUCUUCGACACCCUCAGCGAUCAGGACGGCCCCAUGUACCAUCCAAUGCUACUCUGUGCGUCCGUCUCCCCCGUACUCGAGUCGCUCGACAUCCAGUACUCCCGCCAGUACGGCGCCGUCAUAUGGAAAUCUCCCUACACCUUCUCCAAGAUGCGGACGCUCGUCAUCCACGACAACAUGCCCUACACGGCGCCGUACACCACAUCCUUCCCGAACCUCACGCACCUCACCAUCUCGACGACGCACCAGCAGCGCGGAACCGACCUCGACUCCGGCGCCGAGGCGAUCGAGGACCACCGCACCCUCAACGAGACCGCACAGUCUGUCUGCGGCACCUGGUCUCGCCUCGAGCACCUUACGGGCGACGUCGCCGGGCUCUACCUGCUUGCUCCGUCCUGCUCCGUCGGAAAUCUUACAGUCGCGCCGAUUAGCGAAACGCUUCACCUUGAGUACCUGUUCGCGGUGCUGAUGGAUACGGAACCGGAGGCCCUCGAUCUGACGAUGACUAUCGCGCUCUUGGAGCACGCGUGGCCGGAUUUCGCGACCGACUUAACAAAGGCUGGAACCACGUUGUUCACUUCGCUCACGCUGGCCGUUUCGGUCGGUCCACUGGGUGCGGAUGAGGAUGAGGACUUCGACAUCGAGGAUAUCAUGGACACAUUCAUCAACGCGAUGAGGGACUACAAGCUUCAUUCUCUAAAGCUCACUUUAUAUCCCCUGCCUCCGCCGGGCUCAGGCCCCGACUAUACACCCGCGUCGCUCUCAACGCUCGUCCCCACAGACCCCACCACUUUCGCCGUUCCACCGCUGAACCCUACCGAGACCUCGCUUUCCGUCUUCGGUAUCUUGGCAUUCGUGGAGAAGCUCGAAGAAGCUUUUCCCAGCCUGAAGUCCGCCGAAAUUCGCAUCGUCAGGCCAGGUUCGUGGAAGGAAGACUUCGUGCUGCUCAGCAAAGGCGAUGAUGGCGAAGCCAUACUCGUUGACAGUACCUGCCGCUAGGAGAUUCCCGCUCGGGCCGCACCUACUUAUCGGUGGUAUCGGUUGGAUUCGGACGCUUGGAACGAGCCCGCCAGCAGGCUCUGGGUUCGAGAUUUCUUAUAUGCUACUAAUCAUCUAAUCCUCGCCGCUUUGGAUACGCUACUAUGCUAACCUCACCCGCUGUGCUUACGAUCUCUCUUGUGAUAUAUCACUCGAACUCGAGCAGCUGCUUCCUCGAGAUAUCUCACUCAACAUAGGAUCAGUCAG